AUGGCUCUCCAACAACCAACAUCACGGCGCUGCCGCGGCGCACUCUCUCCCCGAAAGACACGAUCCUCGCCCAUCACCAAGAGCCGAGCCGUCGAGAAACGGUCAUGCCCAAAACUCGCAGCCUCAAAACACCUCGAUUCGUUUCAUUCUUUCGCCAAACUUCCCACAGAGCUUCGGCUCAGAAUAUGGGAGCUCAGUCUUCCUAGCCCACGCCUCGUGCCCAUCCAGUGCGGCAGCAACAGCAUUUCCCUCCCCGAAUCGUCUCCUCACAUCUCCCUCGCAUCAUCACGACACAGCUUCACGACUGCUGGUUGCAUGUCGUCCGCACCGGUACCCGUCAACCUGCACGUCUGCACAGAAUCUCGCCUCGAGGCCCUCCAGACGUACCAUCCUUGCUUUGGCUUCGGUCGGGGCCCCGGCCAGAUCCUGUUCAACCCUGAAAUCGACAUCUUGUACUUUGGCCCUCGUCAAGGUUUCAUGGCCGCAAAUUCGCAGUUCCGCACGUGCAUGAUGCUUUGCGAUCAACAAGAGCUGGCGAGCGUGCGUCGCUUGGCUAUUAACGAUGCGCUUUUCUGGAUAGGCAACACGUAUAGCUCUAUGACGGCGGCGAGGUUCACCUUGGAGGUGCUGAGGGAAGUUGCGGCGCGCAUGAUAGGGCUGGAAGAGCUCAUAUUUGUGCCUUGGGAAGGGGAAAAUGGCCAUGACGAAGAUGUCCAGGGGCGAAUGGCUAGGCAGAUCCAGACGGCGAUGCAGAGUAUAUCGCAGCAGUUUCCGUCGUGGGAGCCACCGCCAUGGAAUAUUGUCCCGCUGAGUGAGCUCCCUAGUAUGGCCGGUUGA